AAGGCGUGCCUAGUAACGCGGUUGUCAGGAAGAGAUUGGUGAGAAAACGUGUGCCUCAGUAUGAUUUGAUUUCUUUUUUAAUAAUAUGCCAACCGUGUUUAUGAACACGUUACUUAUCGAUGUAUAUUUGGGAUCUUAGAUUGGCAUCAGUUCUGUCUAAGCUCCUCGUCCUGGAUCUCCUCAGUCCUCUCGGUUGGGUGGAGUGUUUUUCUUCACUCAGGAUGAUCGCGGGGUUCAAGACCACAGUUUAAGCUGACAGGUGUCUUUGUGGCACACCUCAUCCGUUGUUAUGGGUACGGCUUCCUCUCUGGUGAGCCCCGGGGAGGUGAUUGAGGAUGCGUAUGGGGGUGAGGGAGGGGAGGCGUGUGAGAUACCGGUGGAGGUGAAACCAAAGGCCCGUCUGCUGCGGAGCUCCUUCCGCCGUGGGCCUCGUGUCAUCGGCGCCAGCUUCAAAUCUACCGGAUCGGUGGAACUGGAGUAUGCGGCGGAGUAUGAGCGCCUCAGGAAAGACUACGAGAUCUUUAGGGUCAGCAAGAACAACGAGAUCGCCUCCAUGCAGAAGAAAGAAGCCAAGCUGGACGAGGAGAACAAGAGACUGCGUGCUGAGCUGCAGGCUCUUCAGAAGACUUACCAGAAGUUUCUUCGAGAGAAGGAAAGUGCCCUGGAGGCAAAGUAUCAAGCAAUGGAGAGAGCUGCCACCUUUGAACAUGACCGGGACAAGGUCAAACGGCAGUUUAAGAUAUUCCGGGAGACUAAAGAAAAGGAAAUUCAGGAUUUGCUGCGGGCAAAACGAGAUCUGGAGUCCAAACUUCAACAGCUGCAGGCUCAAGGCAUUCAGAUUUAUGAUCCAGCAGACUCGGAUUCAGACGACAACCGCACCACUGUCACCACUGCAGGAACUCAGUGUGAGUACUGGAGUGGUGGCAUAUUGGGCAGCGAGCCGUCCAUGGGCAGUAUGAUGCAGUUACAGCAGACACACAGAGGUCCAGAAUUCGCUCACAGUCUGAUUGACGUGGAGGGGCCGUUUGCCAAUGUCAGCAGAGAUGAUUGGGAUGUGGCUGUAGCCAGUCUGCUGCAAGUUUCUCCUCACGUCUCUCAGGCUCUGUGGAGUAACACAGUCCGCUGCUACCUCAUAUACACACAGGAGACCAGAGCGGAGCUGCAGGCCUUUAUACAAACUCAUUCUUUGAAGCUGCAGAGGUUUUGUGAGGGUUUGGGUCAUUUCUACCUGAACGUGUCAUUUCCUGAGGAGAAAGCUGCUCUGUAUGCUGCUGAACGCAGGCGGGAGAUCGAGAGGAGCUCUGUGUGCGUGCUGCUUCUCAAGUCCUCAGUGUCCAGCUGUGUGAUAGAGGAUGUGGAGGAAGCAUUUGUGGAAACCCCAGACUCUCGGCCUCUCUUGCUGUAUUUGCGAACUGGUGAGAGAAAAGGAGAAAAGGAAGAGGUCUUCACCCUCAGCCCAUCCACUAGAGACCUGCUGGAGAGAGUUAACAAAGCUGACAAGAGUGCCAAACUUAAGGUAGUGGAUCAUGCAGGGUCUGUAGAGGAAGGAGCUGCUCUUAUAUUCACUCAACUUGAAAGAGUUAUCAAACAGGAGCUGUUGGGUUUGGAGUUAGAAGAGAGCGGAGCGGUGGAGGAGAGAGAAGAGGAAGACUCUGGGGAUGUGCUGUGGGAUCUUCAUGAUGAGGCGUUCCAGCAGGCUUGCAGCGCAGCAUCCAGAUUCAGCUUCCAGAAGUAUGUCGACCGACUCAAUGACAUGGUAGCCGCCCCUCCACCCACCCCACCACUGCUGGUAUCUGGUGCACCUGGAUCGGGCAAAUCACUUCUGCUGGCUAAAUGGAUAGAGUUACAGCAGAAACACUCUCCCAACACCCUCAUCCUGUAUCACUUCACGGGACAUCCUCUCUCUACCAGCACAGAUCCAGUGCUCAUCAUUAAGCGCCUCACAGUGAAGCUGCUCCAGCAUUUCUGGUCUAUUUCUGGCCUCUCGAUGGACCCUUCUAAGAUCCUCGAAGAGUUCCCACGCUGGCUAGAGCGGCUGUCCGCGUGUCACCACGGCAACAUCAUAAUCAUCAUUGACUCCAUUGACCAAAUACAGAAUGCCGAGCGGCACAUGAAAUGGCUGAUUGAUCCUCUUCCUGCUAAUGUGAGAGUCCUGGUGUCCGUUAAUGUGGAGACCUGCCCACAGGCAUGGAGAUUGUGGCCCACGCUGCACCUGGACCCACUCAAUCCCAGAGAGGUGAAGAGUGUCAUCAGCACCGAGUGUGUGAACAGCGAAAUCAAACUCACCAAAGAUCAGGAGAAGAAGUUAGAGAGACAUUGCCGUUCAGCUGCAACAUGCAACGCGCUCUAUAUCUCACUGCUGGCAAGACUUAUUACACACUCUAGAUCCUCCUGGACAUUGGAGAUGACUCUGCAGCAGUGUGCGUUGUGUCAAGAUACAGUAUCGCUAUACAGACUGGGCCUGAAGGCAGCGCUAGACUCACUCAGCACGGAUCAGGAAAAACACAUCAUGAAAGAGUUGUUGUGCUUGGUCUGCGCCAGUCACAACGGCAUUAGUGAAUCAGAGGCUUUGGAGCUGUUCCCAGACCUGAGUUUUCCCGCUCUCACCUCACUGCUCCACAAUCUGGAGAGACUCCUCAUCAUUACCUACGCCUGUGGCCUCGUUCGCUUUCAGCACCCACAGGCAUGUGAAGCGGUCAACCAAGAGUUUCUGGAUGGGGGCAAAUGUCGUGGAUCCUACAGCGACAAAAUCAUUCGGUUCUUCAGUGAACAGCUGAACCAAGACAGAGUGACGUGGAGGGUGGCUGAUGAAUUGCCAUGGUUACUGCAGCAGCAGGACGAUCGAAGUAAACUCCAGAUGAGUUUGCUUAACUUGUUUGUGUCCCAGAACCUGUACAAGAGGGGUCAUUUCUCUGAGCUGCUGACAUACUGGCAGUUUGUUGGUAAGGAUAAGUGCUCGAUGGCGACAGAGUAUUUCGACUCAUUGAAAGAGUUUGAGAAGACCUGUGAGAGUGAGCAGAGCAUGAGCCAACUGGCCAACCUGUACGAGACACUAGGCCGCUUCCUCAAAGACCUGGGACUGCUCAGCCAGGCGGUGGCCCCCUUGCAGCGCUCCUUAGAGAUCCGUGAGACGGCUCUUGAUCCGGACCACCCAAGUGUGGCUCAGUCCCUGCACCAGCUGGCCGGGGUUUACGUUCAUUGGAGGAAAUUUGGAAACGCAGAGCAGUUGUACAAACAAGCAAUGGAGAUUUGUGAAAACGCUUACGGCCCUGAACACAGCACUGUCGCUAGAGAACUAGACUCACUCUCGCUCCUCUACCAGAAACAGAAAAAAUAUGAGCAGGCCGAGAAGUUGAGAAAGAGAUCAGUCAAGAUCAGACAGAAGACAGCACGACAGAAAGGCCACAUGUAUGGUUUUGCUCUCUUGAAGCGGCGGGCUCUGCAGUUAGAGGAACUUACUCUUGGCAAAGACUCCGCAGAUAGCGCCAAGACUCUAAAUGAGCUUGGAGUGCUUUAUUACCUGCAGAACAACCUGGAUGCUGCAAAAAUGUUCUUGACCCGUUCCCUGGAGAUGCGCCAGCGCGUGCUGGGGCCAGAUCACCCUGACUGCGCCCAGUCUCUGAACAACCUAGCUGCGCUUCACAGCGAAAGGAAAGAGUAUGAGAGUGCUGAGGAGCUGUACGAAAGAGCACUUGACAUCCGUAAACGAGCACUGGCCCCAGAUCACCCCUCUCUCGCCUAUACCCUCAAACACCUGGCCAUGCUUUAUAAACGCAGGGGGAAGCUGGAAAAGGCAGUUCCUCUAUAUGAACUGGCUCUUGAAAUCAGAGAGAAGAGCUUCGGGCCUAAACACCCCAGUGUUGCCACAGCUUUGGUAAACCUUGCAGUGCUCUAUUGCCAGCUGAAGCAGCACAGUGAUGCAUUGCCUUUGUACGAGCGCGCUCUAAAGGUAUAUGAGGACAGUCUCGGCCGACUACACCCUCGUGUUGGAGAGACUCUGAAAAACCUGGCUGUACUCAGCUAUGAAGAGGGAGAUUUUGAGAAGGCUGCUGAACUGUACAAGCGAGCAAUGGAAAUAAAAGAGGCAGAGCCAUCUCUGGUGUGCGGUAAGGCCCCCUCACGUCACUCAUCUAGUGGUGAUACCUUUAGCCUGCGAAGCCCCGCCCUGCCUCACACCUCAAGGUGACACCUGACCCCUCAACACUUACCAAGUUGAACUCUUACCUCUAUUAAUGAAGCCAUAUUGGCCACACUUGAUGUGUUCAAGCAUUUGCUUGAUGUCUACAUGGAGCAAUCAAAUAUGCAUGGUAAGAAAACAUUGGAGCCCAACAUGGUUCUCAUUCCUACUGUAAUUUACAGUAUGAAUCAUAAGUGUUUUAAUGUAUCAUCCCUUGCCACUGGGUUUUGAACGGUUUCUCUCUGGCUUGCAAAAAGGCAAAUCCUGAAAAAGUGUUUUAUACUUGUGGUUUUCAAUUAAUGUGGAAGCACAGCACUCCAUAGCCUCAGCAAACCAAUUGAAUUUCAAAUGCACUGCUGGUAAACUGUUAGGUGUAGUAGUGUUUAGUAAAGUCACUAUGACCAGAAGAGUGUAAUUUAUGGAAGGCCACCUCAGAGUGUAAGAAAGAAAAAGUAAUAAUAAUAAAAACUGACUGUUAGAAGUUUAAAUACAUUUGGGAGAUAUAGAGGUACAUGAGAUACUAAGUAGAGAGGUGAAGUCAAAAUUACAAGACAAGAUCUCACAGUUGCAAUAAAUACCAAGUCUAAAUUACAAAAAAAUAGGGAUGCAAUUAUGAGAAAUAUUUUAUAUAUAUAUAUAUAUAUAAACUAAAGUCGAGAUAUGAAAUUGCAAUUAGAAGACAUGAAAUUGCACUUACAGGAUAUAUAGUAGCAACUGCAAUUAUGAGAUGUACAUAAAUAAGUAAAUAAUGCAAUAAAGUAAUUUGUUGAAAUAAUGUAAUGUGAAUUUGGCUCACAAUUAUAUAAAUUCACAAUUACGAAAUAAGAUAUGUAGCAGAAACAGCAAAAAAUAUAUUGCAUAUCAAGCUGUGAAGGCACAGUUAUGAAGUGUGAAGUUGCAACUACAAGAAAUAGUAGUGCAAUUAUCUUUUUUCUUCUCUCAGACGGCAAAAGGAAAGAUUGUUCAUGCAACGGAAAUAUUACUUACAUUUUCUCUAUGUAUUUACUUCCAACAUUUACUCCCAAUUAUCACUGAGAAACUUUUUUAAAUUCUUAUUAUUAUAAACUUGAGCACGUCAAAAGGUUGGUUGAAGAAAUAUUUUACCUUGGUAUUUUAUACAAUGUCAGUAUUAGUUUCUUCCAGAGCACUUUUCACUUGCAUGGUAUGAAAACAUUUUGGAAAAAGUGAUGUGUGACCAAUUUCAGCAGGUUUUUUCAGGUUUCUAUCACUGCUGCCUUCAGCAUAUGUAAACCGAAGUCAAGCAUAAUGGAAAUUUGAAUCAAUUGAGAACCGCAAUACAUUGACUAAAUACCUUCUUAUAAAGGUCCCCAUUAAAUGCUGAACAGUUGUAUAUUGCAAAGUAUUACUAAAGGAAGGCUGACGUACAUAGCCAUACAAAACACUAUAACAAUAUCAAGAUACAGUUCAUGAAGAAGUCUGAGAUUAUUGUAUUCAAUAUUUAAUUAAUUGUAUAGGUCUCAUAUUUUAGUUUAAAUGGCUCAACACCACAGAACACAGCAUGUGCAAUAAUUAUGCUUCUUGUAAAGCACAAUGACAGUGUCUAUAUAUGUAGUUUAGUAUUAGAAUGACUUUAUCUGAAAAUAUAGAUCCAUAUGAUAUUACGACCCAUAUUUUUGUAUUUGGAAUUUAUUGUUUUGGGAAUUGUGAAAGUACAAUGCCUUGCCAUAUCACAUGUGUCUGGUUCUGAUGUCUACCUGUUUUCUUAGACUAGAUAGACAUGUAUAAUGAAGGAAUAUAAACAGAAUAUAUAAUUUCUGAAUGUCUGCAAAUACUUAUGGGUGUUUGAAAACUGUUUGUAAAGGUGCUAAAUCAGAUUCAGUGUUAUGUGGCUCAUUUUUGCAGAGAAAUCAUAUUUGAACUGUUACAUUUUGAGAGAACAUGCUAAUUAUUUAAUAAUUUACUCUAAACUUCCAUUAUUGCUUGUAUUACGUCACAUUGUUGUUAUACAGUUUGUUCCAGGACUUUUAUACACUGCCAAAAGAAGUGUACUUUAUACCCAAAUUCUUCUGAUGCACAUGAUGCACGCACAAAAUAUUGUGUAUCAUCUACCAAUAAAUGCAUAAUUGAAUGAAAA